UCCGUCCCUCCCGUCUCUCCCUUCCCUCACCUCCACCUUUUCUCGCGAUCUCUCCUCUACCCUCUUUCUCUUCUGGCGUUUCUUAGCAGGCGCUAAACUCGUCUUUGACCAGGCGCCAUGGCUGUCGGCAAGAACAAGCGUAUUUCCAAGGGAAAGAAGGGAGGCAAGAAAAAGGCCCAGGAUCCCUUCGCGAAGAAGGACUGGUAUUCCGUGAAGGCGCCCUCCAUGUUCGCCACCAGGAACGUCGGCCAGACCCUCGUCACGCGCACGCAGGGUACCAAGAUCGCCUCGGACGGGCUGAAGGGGCGCGUGUUCGAGGUGUCGCUGGCGGACCUGCAGGUGGACGACGAGCAGUCGUUCCGCAAGAUGAGGCUUCGCGCCGAGGACGUGCAGGGCCGCAACGUCCUCACCAACUUCUGGGGCAUGGACCUGACGACCGACAAGCUGCGGUCGCUGGUGCGCAAGUGGCAGACGCUGAUCGAGUGCCACGUGGACGUGAAGACGACUGACAGCUACACCCUGCGCCUCUUCGCCAUCGCCUUCACCAAGCGCCGCCAGAACCAGAUCAAGAAGACCAGCUACGCGCAGAGCAGCCAAAUCCGACAGAUCCGGAGGAAGAUGCGCGAGAUCAUGAUCAAGGAGGCGUCGUCGUGCGACCUGAAGGAGCUGGUGGCGAAGUUCAUCCCGGAGAGCAUCGGCAAGGAGAUGGAGAAGGCGUGCUUCGGCAUCUACCCCCUGCAGAACACGCUCAUCCGCAAGGUCAAGAUCCUCAAGGCGCCCAAGUUCGACCUCGGCAAACUCAUGGAGGUACACGGUGACUACAGCGGCGAGGAGACGGGCACCAAGUUGGACCGGCCAGCAGAGGAGAGCGAGGCUCCUGCUGCGGAGGGUAUGGAGGCCGAGGCAACGGCGUAAACGUGUGGCUUGUGUAUCAGGGGAGGGCUGGACUGGCACAGGCAUGCACUGCCAUGCCCAUGCACAUGCAACUGUGUUCAGGCAGAGGCUAGAUGGAGCUUGGCAAUGAAUGAUCAAUUCGGCCUGAUUAUGUGGCUCUUGGCUUUGGCUUGUGCUGUUUGCUUGAUAAAUAGUGAAGUCGCUCGUAAUGCGUAUUCGGGAAAAGAGCAAUCAGAUAAUAUCACAUCACAUGUUUCUGCUGUGGCGAUAUUAAUUCAGCUGGCUAUAUCUGAAGGGUAAACAUUCAGACAU